AAAGCUGUGGGACGCUCUUGCUGUGUUCUGUCUCUAUAGUUGAUGCUGCGAGAUCGCGCGGGUUUUCAAGAUGGCGGCGGAGACAGGGGUUUUGCAGGGCUCUUUCUUUCGUUGGAGGGAGUAAGGGUACCUGCGCCGGCGGGGUUGGGGACUCCGUUCUCUUUCUUCGUGCAUCUUGGAUUGAGUGGGAAUUAGCGGAGUGGUUUUUGUCUUGCGGCCGUCCCCGCCUAACGUACCCGGCCUUGGUGCCAGGUGAUCUACGGGCGAGUUGGGAAGGGGAAGCCUUCCGUGAGUCUCAUUGUAGCUAAGUCUAGAUUCAUUCACUGGAAGAAUAAAAGAAACAAACUGUCAAAAUGGGGCGGAGAUCCACAUCUUCCACCAAGAGUGGGAAGUUCAUGAAUCCCACGGACCAAGCUCGCAAGGAGGCCCGAAAAAGGGAGCUGAAGAAGAACAAGAAGCAACGCAUGAUGGUGCGAGCAGCAGUACUAAAGAUGAAAGAUCCCAAGCAAAUAAUUCGGGAUAUGGAAAAACUUGAUGAAAUGGAGUUUAACCCAGUGCAGCAGCCACAGCUCAAUGAGAAGGUUCUGAAGGAUAAGCGUAAGAAACUCCGUGAAACCUUUGAACGUAUCCUGCGGCUCUAUGAGAAGGAGAAUCCAGAUAUCUACAAGGAGUUGCGCAAGCUAGAAGUGGAAUACGAACAGAAGAGAUCUCAGCUUAGUCAGUACUUCGAUGCUGUGAAGAAUGCUCAGCAUGUUGAAGUGGAGAGUAUCCCCCUGCCAGAUAUGCCUCAUGCUCCUUCCAACAUCCUCAUUCAGGAUAUCCCUCUGCCUGGAGCCCAGCCCCCCUCUAUUCUCAAAAAGACAUCAGCAUAUGGACCUCCUGUCCGGCCUGUUUCUGUACUCCCACCUCCUGGACACGGUGUUCCUCGGUUACCUCCAGGCCGGAAGCCUCCAGGACCUCCACCAGGGCCACCUCCACCUCAGGUCUUGCAGAUAUAUGGUCGUAAAGUAGGAUUCACGACAGAGAUAGCUCCUCGGAGAAGAGAGGAGGAGAUGUCUUAUAGUCCAGAGACAGGUCUACGAGGACAAGAUGACGAAGCUUCCAGUACCAGUGAAGAUGAGGGGUAUCCUGAGGACAUGGAUCAGGACAAACAUGAUGACACUACUGAUGACAGUGAUAGUGAUAGAAGUGAUGCAGACAGUGAAGGGGAGGAGUUUAUGCAUCAUGAUGACAAUGCUGAGAGGGAGGGUGGUGAAGAUAAGAAAUCGGGUCAUAGUGUACGGUUUGCUGACAUACCUGGAAAAUCCCGAAAGAAGAAGAAGAACAUGAAAGAGCUCACUCCACUUCAGGCCAUGAUGCUGCGGAUGGCUGGUCAGGAAAUUCCUGAGGGAGGUAAAGAGAUAGAGGAAUAUUCUGAAGAAGACAAUGAUGAUGAUGACGAUGACUCAGAUGCUGAAGAUACACCACAGCAGCAAAGCACAGAAGAAUCCCGUGCUGAGACUACAUCAUCAACGCCCUCUCAAGCAACCCAGCCACAGCAGCAACCACCACCUCAGCCUGUUCCUCCAACUCCGAUACAAGCACCUCCCAUGCCUGGUCCACCACCUCUUGGACCACCUCCUGCACCACCCUUGAGGCCUCCAGGGCCACCUACUGGCCUUCCUCCUGGUCCUCCUCCAGGAGCUCCUCCAUUCCUGAGGCCACCUGGGUUGCCUGGACUGCGUGGGCCUUUGCCACGACUGUUGCCACCAGGACCUCCCCCUGGUCGCCCACCUGGUCCUCCCCCUGGUCCACCUCCAGGUCUGCCUCCUGGUCCUCCUCCAAGGGGACCUCCACCUCGUCUACCACCCCCAGCCCCUCCAGGUAUCCCCCCUCCUCGUCCAGGCAUGCUGCGCCCUCCUUUGGUACCUCCUCCUGGGUUAUUUCCACCAGCUCCCAUUCCAAAUCCUGGGGUACUGAGUGCUCCCCCCAGCUUGAUCCAGCGGCCUAAGGCGGAUGAUACCAGUGCAGCUACCAUUGAGAAGAAAGCCACAGCAACUAUCAGUGCCAAGCCACAGAUCACCAACCCCAAGGCUGAGAUCACCCGUUUUGUGCCCACAGCCCUGCGAGUCCGCCGAGAGAACAAAGGGACAGCUGCCUCCACCCAGAGAAAGCCUGAUGGUGAACCUUCUGUCCAGAUAACCAAAGUGAUUCCAAAGGCUGGCUCUUCUGCCCCUGUUUCUGUGCAGACCAAGGAUGAUGUGUAUGAAGCCUUCAUGAAGGAAAUGGAGGGGUUACUGUGACAAUCUGUUCCCAGUUAACUAUUUUAUUCUGUGAUGAUAUCAGACUACAGUCUUAGGGGCAGCGUUUCCAUGUUAUAGUGACAUCAAGUUGAAAAGCUCCUUCUUUCGUUGACACGGAAUAGUCCCCCAUCCCAGUUAACUUAUGAUCAAACUUGGGAAAACCACUACUGCAGAGAGUGAAAGAGGGGAGCAGUUCUACCCACCCACUAUUAAAAGACUUGAUUGUGUUUGUGCUGUCAUGGACAAAGCUGUUGUCACAAUUUUACUUUCUUUUUGGUUAAGGGGAAGGAAUAUACUGUUGAAGCAUCUCUUCUACAUAUACCUGAUCAUCAGGUUUUAAUGUUUUGGUGGCUUCUGUAAAUAUUUUGUAAAGCUAUUUUUAGUUGGGUGAGAUUAAUUGGUUUACAUGCUGUCAUAAGAGGUGGCCAGGUUACUGUUUGCAUAUAUGGCAUUCAAACAUCUUCCACCUUGAUUAUCUUGCAGUAACUGCAGUGGCCUCUUGCUGACAGGAGGAGUAUCAUUGUCUUAUUAAAAGAGAAUAAAUGUUUGAUGUAAUACA